AUGGCUGCUGGCGUCGUGGUGAACGUCCACAACAAUGACGAUGACGUCCCAACCGAAGGUUCGCGCACUUAUGCCAUCGUCGUGUGCGUCUUCGCCGCUCUGGGUGGACUCUUUUUCGGCUAUGACCAGGGUGUGACCUCGGGUGUUCUCAUCAUGGACUCCUUCAUCAACGACUACUGCGUCGGCUGGCACAACUUCACCUACGAGCAGUGCACCGCUUCCACGUCGGACCUGCCACAUGAGUGGACGGACUUCACUGUCUGGUACAACAUGGCGUACAACCUGGGUUGUCUCGCUGGCGCUUUCAUCGGCGGCAUCGUGGCCGACAAGCUUGGUCGUCGCUGGACCAUUUUCACUGCUGGUCUGCUGUUCUGCAUCGGCACGUCGUGGGUUUGCUUCAACAAGGCGCAGGAACACACGCUCAUGUAUAUCGCUCGUGUGAUCCAGGGCUUCGGCGUCGGUAACUCGUCGUUCUCACUGCCUCUGUUUGGUGCCGAGAUGGCCCCCAAGGAGCUUCGUGGUUUGCUCUCUGGUUUCAUGCAGAUGACUGUUGUGACGGGUCUCUUCCUGGCCAACGUCGUUAACAUCAUCGUGGAGAACCGUGAACACGGUUGGCGUACGACCAACGGUGUGGCCAUGGCUGCUCCGAUCGUCGUCAUGCUCGGCAUCUUCUUCGUGCCGGAAAGUCCUCGCUGGACGUACCUGCACAAGGGCAAGGAAGAGGCGGAGCGCGUGCUCAAGCGUCUCCGUCAGACUGACAACGUCGGCCGCGAGCUGCAGGUGAUCGGUGACCAAGUUGACGAAGAAUUGGCGGCUUCCAAGGGUCUGGCUGAACUGCUCGAGCCGUCCAUUUUCAAGCGUGUGGCUAUCGCGAUGUUGCUCCAAGUGCUGCAGCAGGCCACUGGUAUCAACCCCAUCUUCAGCUAUGGCGCGUUGAUCUUCAAGGACAUCACCAACGCCGGUAUCUACUCGGCCUUCUUCCUUUCGGGUGUCAACUUCUUGAGUACUAUCCCGGCCAUGCGUUGGGUGGACACUUUCGGCCGUCGUCAGUUGCUGCUCAUCGGUGCCGUGGGUAUGGUGGUCGGCCACUUGUUCGCUGCUAUCCUGUUCACUGCCAUCUGUGACGGUAACGUCGAUGAUGCCGGUUGUCCGAGCGUGGGUGGGUGGUUCAUUUGCGUCGGCUCGGCCUUCUUCGUCUUCAACUUCGCCAUCUCGUGGGGACCCGUGUGCUGGAUCUACCCGGCCGAGAUCUUCCCGUUGGGUGUGCGCGCGCCGGCUGUGGCUUUGUCCACGGCUGCCAAUUGGGCUAUGGGUGCUGUCAUGACGGAGGUGGUGAAGCUGUUCCCUCACCUGAACAUCAACGGCGUGUUCUUCUUGUUCGCUGGGUUGUGCUGCAUCUGCGGGAUUUUCGUGUACUUCUUCUGCCCGGAGACCAAGGGUAUGAUGCUCGAGGACAUCGAGGCACUGUUCCGCAGCGGACAGCCCAAGUCGCCCGCUUAUAUUGAGGUCAAGUCCCCGCGGUACUCGCUUGCGUAGGAAAAUCAGUGUGAAGUUGAUGACAAUACACUUUAC